AAUAUAGAUGGCGCUUUGCUUAAACCAACAAACAUCAUGGCUGCUAUGAGUCCAGGAACAUCGAAUUCGGGGUUGAUAUUUUUUGUUCUCUCCGUGUUUCUGUCUCUCUCGCCAAUUAUAGCACAGUAUUGUGGCAACAGGAAUUCUUGUAGCAUAACAGGCUAUGCAGAAAAUAUCUGUUUUGUUAAUAAAACUUUUGGUUGUUCUGUGAAUGUCACAGACUGGCAUGCAAUACAGUAUCCUCAGGGAAAUGGAGCUGUCUCUGCACAGGAUAUCCAUGCAAGCUACAAUAAUGGUUCACUAUUUCUGAAUGUGAGCUUGGAGCUAAACCAUGGGUUUGUUAAUUCCACGUCCGGAUUUGAAGUCCACAUUAGCCAGGGCGGUGGGUCAGAAAUACAGUGUGUCUUACUGGAGGUCAAGCAACUAAACUGGACGGAAGAUGAGCUGCAACAGCAAACAAUAAUACUUUCAUUAUGUAUGGCUGAAGGAGAGAGAGGUCCAAACAAACCAUACAAGCUUGCAAUAACGACUAGACCACAGCUUCACUUUACACUGGAGUAUUUUACAAUUUUAAACAAUUUGACAGUGCUGAGAUUAAAUCAAACGGCAUUUUUGACGAACAACACAGCAACCACAACAGUGCCUUCACACGCGACAAGAACACCAGUAAUUUCUCCCACAGGAAAUGUUUCAAAAACAGUCUCAGUUGUCAUGGAAACAUAUUCUCCAACAAAUCCAUCGUCCACUAUAGCAACAUCUUCAAGUUCCCCAGUGCAAUCUACGUCAUCAUCAACAGUAACAGGAGUGACAACAACAAGUACAGUGAAAAGCUCAACAAGAAGCACAGUGACGACAACCUCACAACAGACAAAAACAGCAAAGAGCUCUACUACAAUUGAGAUAAAAACAACUAUGGAUUCGGGGACCACAGUUGCAGCAGGAGAACAGCCUAGCACAAAGGAAACAGAUGUGAUCCAGUCGCGCCUGUCCCAUGUAGAAGAGACACAGAUUAGCAUUAUCUUGGGCUCCAUCCUGGGUGUGGGCCUAGCUGUGGUGGCUAUUGGCAUGGCGUGUCUGUGUUACAGGAGGAGAAGACUGCGACAAGAUUUCCAGAUGCAAAGAUUUGAGGAGGAAGUAGAGAGCUUUAGCUCAAAUGGAGAAGGGAACACUUUCAAAACUAACCCCAGUGUUCUGUUGUUAUAUUCCUACGACUGUCCAGCUCAUGAAAGAGUUGUCAGUGCAUUUGCCAUGUAUCUGAAAGAAGUGUGCGGAUGUCAGGUGCACUUUGACCUUUGGGACCAGGAUGUGGUACGUGAAAAAGGCCCGCUGGUUUGGUUUGGAGAAACAUUAGACCAAGUGGACUCUGUGAUCGUGAUUUGCUCAACUGGGGCUCGCUUCAAGUGUUCUCAGAAGAAUAAAUACCAAGUAAAAGUUGACCAUCCCAUAGCUGAUAUAUUUGUCCCAGCAUCAGAUAUGGUUGUAGAGAAAAUAAGGCUUGCCAGAAAUGAGGAACAGCUUUUUGAGCAGCCACCACCACAGUUGCUCUCAAAAUACUGCAUUGUGUACUUCGAUUACUGUACUGCGAGUGAUGUCCCUGUGAAAUUAGAAUUAAUCCCCCCAUUUUGUCUCAUGAAGGAUAUAUUUGCUGUGUACUGUCAGCUACAUGGCAUUCAGAACGACACAUGGUCGAGCUUAACCUAUUGUGCAAGGCACACAGGUGUGAAACUGGAAAACUUUGCCAAAACUUCUCAAGGAAAAGAACUGGACUCUGCUGUCAGAGCGGCCAAAGAUUACUUCAGAAACAAUAAGAACUGGUUGCAGGAAAAACUGGAGCCUUUGUUUUCACUGGAACCCCUCCCUCUGGAGCCACACGAGUUGCAGCCAAGUUUGCAAGAUUCAAAACAAAACAGCAGCCAAACAAAUGACAUUGACCCCAAGGUCAAGGUCAAAGUUCAAGGUCAGAUUGGUAGUGGCGGGAGUACCAUUGAUGAAACCGACUCUGUUACGAUAAAAGACAAGAGAACAGAAGUAGAGUGCUUAGAUGAAACGCCACGCAGAAAAAGCAGGCAUAGACAAGGGAAAAGUGCAAGGGAAGAGAUUGCCAUGGAUACGUUCACUCCAUCAAACAGGGAAGAAGACCCAGCCGAUGGACCAACAGAAUUGGUCAACCAGGUCAAUUAUUACAGCAAAAGCCACCCAAAAGUUACCCCAGCGAGGCACAACUUAAACAGUCCUCCUCAGAAAAGAUAUAAAAGCAGACCUCCUCCUGAUGUGUUCGAGGCAGAAAAAUGCAGAUUGCCACCUCCUCCUGUGUCCAGCAGAAAGAGUCCCAGAGGAGGUUCUCUUGAAACUGUAAACUCUGUGGAUCACUCCCAAAAUAAUAUCCAUUUCACGGGAGAAGGAAGACACAUUGGACAUGGGAAUAAUGAAAACAACACAAGUUCUAGUGAACUUUUGAAUGGUGAUAUUGAAGAUUUUUGUCUGGACAGUGAAGAGGAGAUGUUGAGAGACAUUGCUUUUAUCAAAACUACUCCAAGAAGAGACCAAGACAGUCCAGAUAUGAGAUAUCCUGGAUUGCCAAGCCAGCCUGAUUUGGGCUUGUCUUGGAAGCCACCUAGUGACCAAUCUAGUAACUCUGGAACAUCUUUGCACAAAGUAACUGGCAAUAAACUGUUUGUUUACCACAACAAUAUGCAUCCCAUUAAACAGAAUAGAAUGUCUGAUUCAAAUAAAAUACAUGUGCGUAACAUGUCUAGUAACUAUAGCGAUGAGCAAAAACUGAUUCUUACUGGUGCAGAGGAAUUUGAAUUGGGAAAGGAAAACAAUUACUUAAAUUUAGUGGCAAAGAACCCAUUGCCAGUGCCCCCACUACUUCAUGUUGAUUCAACUAGGUUCUGAUAUUUUUCUAACAUGCAAUAUUCAAACAAAUACAAUAAUUUUAUGCUCACAAUAGAAAAUGUCUUCUUCAGUUAAUCUGAUAGUACACAUACAUGUAUUUGGACAAGUGCAAAUUGGCCCCUGCUUGUGAGGAACUAAAAUUUAAGUAUAAUUUAAACAUAUUUGAUGCCAUAGAGCAUUCUCAGCAAUACUGGAGUCCAAACCAUGGUGAAUGCCAUAGUUGUCAAAUCAUAUCUUAUUUUAUUUCUCUGUUUCUACAGAACUGACUUCACUGUCAAUGGAGACAAAGUUGAAAUCUGCUCAUAGCUAAUCUGGUGAACAGGCAUGUUGCCGUUGAGGUGGAGAGUUUUUUCAGGUUUUCCAAAUGGGCUCCGUCUAUGUUCAAACCUUUUGCAGCAGGGGACUUCAAAAACUAUAAUUAUGUUUUCAAGUUUAGUAAAAAUAUUGACAUAUUCCUGGCAAAAUGUGAUAUUUGUAUAAAUAUGAUGGGUGUGGUUAACAAUUCUUCAGGUUAAUGUAUGUAGCCAAAUGACAUAAGAUAAUUGGGGUUUCAUUAUGUAUUCAAGUAGCAAUAGAAAAAAAAUUCUGAAAAUUUCCAUUUUUUUUCACAUUUUUACAAUAUCAUCACAUACAGAGCAUUGGGAAGAUACUGUAACAUCACAUUUCAUUAUAUAUCACUCUUAACCACUAUGUUAGGUACAUACUUAUAUCAGAAGUGAGACUAUAGAGUAUAUUAAUGACAUACUGGUUUCCGUCUUAAAAGUUUUUUUAUUACAACACAUUUUAUUUAAGAAUAUUAAAAUGUUGUUGGACAAUUUUUCCAAAUUAUUUUUGAAAAUUUUUGAGGGGUGUUAAAAGAAUGAAACACAGGCCUUUUAAUCACUGUCGAGUUAAUGGGCAAAAUAUAGAUGAAAGUUGUCCUGUUUAAGCAGACUGGUUGCUUUCUCCCAGUUAAAAAUGAUCUGGAAAGGAUUACAAAAUAUUUUUCAAUCUGAACUUUUUCGUGAUAGUUUGUUCUUCACGCACCACACUAUUUUUAUAUUAGAUUUUCAUCUCUUUUUGUAUAACAAGGGGAAUAGGGAAUUUGUAUUAAGUGAAUAUUCAAGAUAUUUUUAUGUAUAUUUCAGUUGUUUUGUCACGAGCCACUUAAAUGGUUAUUACAAAUUUGUUUCUUACAAAUAGUUGUUAUAAUGUUAGAAAGAUAUUUUUAAGGAAUAGACAGAGUGAAUUAUUUAAUUUUACUGACAUAUACUUUGGGGAGAAUUUUGUAGAAUCCCAAGUUCAUUUUACAUGUGAUAAAAACAAACAAUAUUUUUGUUAAGAGUAUUGAAAGAACAUGUUGUACACAAAUAGUUAAUUAAGAAAACUUAUGGAAUGAAUGCAAAUUUUUCAGUAUUUGAUCUUAUGAAAUUUGGGAAUGUCUAAAGUGAAUAGAGUCAUCAGAGCACUAACAUAUUUGAAUUUUAAAGGAGAAUAAAAACAAAAUAUUCUUAUACAUGAUAGAAAGUUGUCCCAUUUUGUCUUUGCUGCUUGACUUGUGGUAGAUUAUUGACAUCUAUUCGAUUUUGAUCAAUUUACUGAAGAAAAUAAUCAGCUGCUAGACAGUA